AAAUUUCGAACAACUACUAUCCCUAGAGAAACAAAUUUAAAAAAGGAUCCAUUAAGAAAAACUUUAUCAAAGUCACAAACAGAUUUAAAGAAUUCAUUACAAACAACUACACUCCCUAGAGAAACAAAUUCAAAAGAGAAUUUAUUACGAAAAUCAAUGUCAAAGUCUCAACCAGAUUUAAAGGAUUUAUCCCGACAAAAAUUGCCGCAGUUAGAUUUAACAUCUCCUCCAAAAUUAAAUUCAAAAAAAGGUCCAUUAUCGCAGUUGGAUUUAACACCUUCUUCACGGACAAUACCACAAUUAAAUUCGACAAUGCCUUCAGAAGCACGUUAUAAAUGGGAUUUAACACGAACAACGUCAACAACGCCAAAAUUAGAUUCUAAAGUUCAAUCAAAGAGGUCAAAUAGACACACAUAUUCACGCAACAAAGAAACGAAUGAUUAUUCAAAUUUUCAACCGGUACAAAACAUUAAACCUGUUCAAAAUGUUCAAAAUGCUCAAUCAGAAAAAACUGGCAAGAUCACAAAAAUCGUAGAAACUGAAGUAGAAGAAUUAACAUUAUCUCCUAUGUACAGAAUAGUAAAACCAGUUUUUAAAAACGUAAGACAAGAUGAUGAAAUAAUUCUUGAUGCAACUUUGGAAUGAAAAGUUAUUCAAUAAAUAUAAACGAAUGUUUUGUUAUCGGAUAAAUCUAUUAUUGUUAUUAUUAUUAUUGCAAUUUCUAUUU